AUGCCUAUCCUGGCGCAGUUGCUGUGGCAUGCUUCCUACAUGCAUCAGUCCAGUGGUCAGCAUGAGUCCAAUGGUCGUGUUGACCAAACGAGCAUGGCUGAGCAGCAGGUUGAGCAGGAGGAGUUUUCCAUCCCGGCUACUCCUAGCAGGUAUAGUGUCCUGCUGGAUGUGGUGGAGGAUGUUCCUCCAUCGCUUCCUGCCUGCCUUCCUGCCUGCCUUCCAGCCGGAACAGCGGUUCCUAAACGCAGAAAGGAACCGCACGUGAAACGCGUCCAGAGGGCUGCUUCCUCCAAGAGCAGUGUGGCACAGCCACAGACGGAAGCAGCUACAGGUGUGCGGAUGUGUUCGAGGAGAUCAUCACGCAGUGCUGUGAAGGGAUCUGCAACGCAGGAGGUGGAGGAGGUUGUGCAGGUGUGUUCCAGGGCAUCACCUAGCAGUUCUGCAAACGUGUCUGUGAUACAGGAGGCGGAGGCCUCUCCAAGUGUUGGGCAGGUGUGUUUCGGGACAUCACCUAGUUGUGCUGCAGAGGUGUCUGUGACACAGGAGGUGGAGGCAGCCCCGGUUCUUGUACAUCCGUUUUCCGUGCCAGUACCUGCAAGCGCAGAGGUAGGUGUAAAAGUGAGCGCCAUUGACGUGUACAGCAAAGGUAAGACUGCUGUUUUUUGUAAACCUUCUGUUAGGGGUUCCUUUAAUCAGGUGGAUGCUCGUUUUCAGUACGGCAGUCUUCAGUGUAUGGCUACAUGUUUAGUAGCCAUAGGAAGGCAUGCAGUCGAUAGUGUCUUCUCUUGGCAGUCUGACACUGUCAAUGAGGUUGUAGUUUUAGGUGAUGAAUUGUACACAGUUUUAUGAGAGAGCAAUUUGAUCAGUGGUGAGUCUGAUUUCCUGUAUGUGGCAGAUUUGCCCAAAGAGUUUGUAAUGGUUGAACACCAGCUUGCGUUUGAAUAUGGAGACUGUGUCUGUGGUGAUGUAGAUGUUGUAGAUGGCGAGUUUAUUACGGCAGGUGUAUGCACCAGUUUAACGAAUGGAUUGGAAACCAUCUUUAGGGAAUAUGACACGUGCCUUUUGACUUGGCAGUGUAGCACAUGCGCAGUCAUUAGCCAACAGGGACAUUAUGCGAUUUUUGACCCGCAUGCACACAGUGUGGAUGGAAUGGUAGAUGCAGAUGGCUUGAGUGUUGUAGUAUAUUACAGUAGUCUUGAACAGGUUGUAGAACAUGUAUGCAAAUUGGCACGUGGGCUCACAGAGACAGAAAGUGUUUGA